AUGGAUUUGUCUUUUUUAUAUUAUCCUUUGUCUAAAGAUGAUGCUAAUUUUAUUUAUCAGUAUUAUCCUUCAUAUGAAAACAAUUUAAAUUCUAAUGAUGAAGAUUCUGAUGAUGAAGUGUUAAAAUUAAAAGUGGAUAUAGAAUUUAAAAUAUGUGAGGAAGCUGAAUCAUAUCUUGAGAACUAUGCUAAAACUGAAAAGGCAGUAUUAGUAGAAGAUAGAAGAGAAAGAAGGUCAGAAAUGAUAGGUUGUACUUGGCAGGUUAAUAUGUCAUUUCCUAAAAAAGCACUUAAAGUUCAAAUAACUAGUGUUGUAGGUGUUUAUUGUCAUACUAUAAAUUCUCUUAUUAUGAAGAUUGCAUCAAAAUUUCAUUGUUUAACUAAUGAGAUGUUAGAAAAAUUGAGUAUAUCAAUGCAAUAUAACCUACUUACUGCAUCAUUUUCUGAUAAAAAAGUUAAUAAGAAAGAUUUGAGUAAUGCAAUAGAACAUUAUAAAAAACAAUUAAAACCUCAAAAAAUUGAUGACCCAUUAUGGAUAGUAAAGUCAAAUUUUGAUUUGGAUGAAAGAAGGUUGACAGAAUUGUUCUGGAUAUCUUCAGAUCAAACACAAACUUAUGAACAGUUUGAAGAUGUCGUAAUUAUUGAUACAAUAUCCCAAACUAAUCAAUUUGAUAUGAUCUUAUUGAUAGUUACAGUUAUUGAUAACAACUUUAGAAGCUUGGUAAUGAUAGCAGCAUUUUUGAAAGAUGAAACAGAGGUUACAUUUUCUUGGGUUCUAAAUGAAUUAAGAGAGGCUUCCUCUGUUACUCCUACUAUAAUAUAUUCUGAUACAGAUUCUGCAUUAAUCUCAGCUGUGCAAAAUAAUCAUUAG